GGCCUCGAACUCCUCACCCUGCUUCUGCCUCUUCAGCAAUGUCAUACCAGUGUGCAGGCGUCACCACACUGCUGGACUAUGACCUAGACCCGUUCUGAGGCACAUCAUAGGGAACAGGCAUUGCUCACCUUCUCUCCCCAGGGCCGUCUGAACCCACCAGUGAGGCCAUGCUGUCUGCGGGGACCUUCUACAGUCUGCUGCUCCUCAGCGUGCUCUGGGUGGACUUAGCCAUGGCAGGCUCCAGCUUCCUGAGCCCUGAGCACCAGAAAGCCCAGCAGAGAAAGGAGUCCAAGAAGCCACCAGGCAAAGUGCAGCCCAGAGCUCUCGAAGGCCGGCUCCACACUGAGGACCACGGCCAGGCGGAGGGGGCAGAGGAGGAGCUAGAGAUCAGGUUCAACGCUCCUUUGGACGUGGGCGUCAGGCUGUCAGGGGCUCAGUACCAGCAGCAUGAACGGGCCCUGGGGAAGUUUCUUCAGGACAUCCUUUGGGAAGAGGUCAAAGAGGCCACAGCUGACAAGUGACCACCUACAAGGCUCUCUGCCGUCCUGGCUGGGACCCUCUGCUGACCUGCGGCCCACCUCUGCAACAACUCCC